AUGUUGCCGGAUGUGCACCACCACGGCAAUGGUGGUCAGCUCCCGCCGGCAACCAGCUUUCCGAGCCCGUUUUCCGGCACGGUGACGAACGCGAAGCCGAAGGGCAACCACGACGAGGAGGACGGCAACGAAAGCCACGAAAGCGAUGGCGAUGAGGGAGAUGACGAUGAGGACGAUGAAUACGAUGAUGGGGGCGAGGAGCUUUUGGAGCACUAUGAUGUGGAUGCAAGGACUGCGGAAGUGGAUCGGCCUGAUCGGCCCGAUGGACAGAAGCACGACUCGCUUGACUAUACGGACAACUUUGAAUCGGCGAGCAUCGAUCAGAUCGCAACGUUCGGCGGUGGGCAAGAUGGGACGCCACUUCCGGUGUUUUUAGUUGAGCCAAAGAGCGCAUAUGUGAUGAAGAAUCGUCCGGCGGAACUGUAUUGUAAGGCGUCGCAUGCACUUCAGGUGACAUUCGGUCUCGUCCCGUUCCAAAUCUCGUUCAAGUGCAGCGGAAGCACGAAGCCACCGCCAACGGUGAAGGAACACCACACCGAUCCACACAGCGGCAUCCAGCUGCAGGAAGCCACGGCCACCAUCACGCGCGAGCUGGUCGACGAGUUCUUCGGCGACGGUCCAUUCAAGUGCGAAUGCCGCGCUUACUCUUCCCGGGGCCACGUCAAGACGCAACCGGUUACGAUCCAGGUGGCAACCAUCAAGAAGCAAAUUAGCAUCUCGCCGAGGAACGUGCGCGUCGGUACGGGUGGUCGGGCCGAGCUGAACUGCAUCGCGAAUGCAACUCCGGCGGCCAAAGUCGUCUGGCUGAAGAACAACAUACCCGUGCAGCCCAAUCCUCCGUUCGUCCUCGUCGGCGACAAUUCGCUCCUGAUUGCCCGAGUCGAGCUUCAGGACAUGGCCAAUUAUACAUGUGUUGCGGAGAACAUAGCCGGCAAGCGCAUCUCUGAGCCAGUUUCAAUCACCGUGUACGUCGACGGUGGCUGGAGCCCCUGGGGUCUCUGGACAGACUGUAAAUGUCCUGGCCAUCCAAAGCAAGGCCAGAAGCGAACCCGAGCGUGCAACAGUCCGGCACCGAUCAACAAUGGAGCGCAGUGUCCGGGGGCGAGUACUGAAACAACGCCCGAUUGUCUUCCUUGUUCCGCCGGCCGCUGGUCAGCCUGGUCGGAGUGGAGCGAAUGCGGUCCGGACUGCACCAGAACUCGGCAGCGAUCGUGCAUCGGCGGUAGGACAGGGGCGGCAGCGUCGACCCAGCUGAUGGCCUCUCAGUCCGGAGGUGCCCACACGGUGACCAGUGCGGCCCUCGUGGCCAAUGGGUCCUCUUCCACCGGUCCCGACCGAGCGCAGGCCUUCGUCGUCGACAGUCCUACGAUCGGGAGCUGCGUCGGGAAGAGCCAGCAGACGGAGAAGUGUAACGGCGGGAUGUGUAACUACACGGUCCAAGAAUAA